AUGGCGGCUCCCGAUCAGAUCCCCGGACAGGAAUUCGACUAUGAAGCCCUUCCGUCUAACUAUGGCCUUGGUCGGAACAUGUUAGCUGGUGCUUUCGCAGGAAUAGCAGAACACUCUGUUAUGUACCCCGUCGACUUGCUCAAGACUCGCAUGCAAAUUUUGAACCCUUCAACUGGUGGUCUCUACACGGGAUUGACCAAUGCCGUUUCCACAAUCUACCGGGUCGAGGGCUGGCGGACGCUAUGGAAGGGUGUUUCAAGUGUGGUUGUUGGCGCAGGUCCGGCGCACGCGGUUUACUUCGGUACCUACGAAAUUGUGAAGGAGAUGGCUGGUGGUAACGUUGAUGAUGGACACCACCCCUUGGCUGCCGCUAUGAGCGGUGCCUCCGCCACGAUUGCCAGCGAUGCGCUGAUGAACCCCUUCGAUGUCAUGAAGCAACGUAUGCAGGUCCACGGUUCCGUUCACAAGACCCUCGCGCAAUGCGCCAAGACGCUCUAUCGCACCGAAGGUCUCCAGGCCUUCUACGUCUCCUACCCUACCACACUAUGCAUGACCGUGCCCUUCACAGCCACCCAAUUCGUCGCCUACGAGUCAAUUUCGAAGGUCAUGAACCCCAAGCAAGACUAUGAUCCCUUCACCCACUGUAUCGCCGGUGGUUUGGCCGGUGCGUUCGCAGCCGGUAUCACCACACCUCUGGACGUUGUGAAAACCCUUCUCCAGACUCGGGGUUUGGCCGAGAGCGAGGAAGUGCGAUCUGCACGGGGUCUGUUCAAUGCCGCUGCCAUUAUCAAGCGCCGGUUUGGCUGGUCCGGAUUCCUGCGCGGUAUGCGCCCUCGUAUCAUUUCCACAAUGCCUUCCACUGCAAUUUGCUGGACAUCAUAUGAGAUGGCCAAGGCAUACUUCAAGGAACUGAGCGAAUAA